AUGGCUCAAGAAGCAAUGGAAUAUGAUGUUCAGAUAGAUCAUAAUGCUCUAGGACAACUUGCUCCAGCCGAACUUGUCAGUAGCCUGCAGGGACCACCCUUAAUGCAGUCUGCUCCUGCCGAAGUGGUCAGCAGCCAAGAGCGACCACGUCUGCUGCAGCCUGCCCCUGCCGAAGUGGUCAGCAGCCAAGGGGAACCACACCUGCUGCAGCCUGCUCCUGCCGAAGUGGUCAGCAGCCAAGAGCGACCACGUCUGCUGCAGCCUGCCCCUGCCGAAGUGGUCAGCAGCCAAGAGCGACCACGUCUGCUGCAGCCUGCCCCUGCUGAAGUGGUCAGCAGCCAAGGGGAACCACACCUGCUGCAGCCUGCCCCUGCUGAACCGGUCAGCAGCCAAGGGGAACCACCCCUGCUGCAGCCUGCUCCACAGGUGUCCAUUGACCUGACAGAGGAAGUGGAGCUCUUAGGAGAAGAGAAUGUGGAGAAUAUCAAUCCAGGAACUUCAGAGGACCAUGGGCAAGGAUCUGAUGCUAACCCCCCCAUUCGAGUGGCCUCAUUGCGCUCAGUGAGCAACUACAUCAAUGGGCUACAGAGACUCCAUGGCAUGCUGGAGCUCUUGAGACCCCCUCCAGACAACAACGUGGGGCCAGUAAGAACCAGGAGGAGGAGAGGGACUGCUUCACGCAGAGCAAGAACAGGAGGGCCUCAGAGGACAGACAAUGCCAGGUCCAGAGCACCACCAUUGGAUGCUUACUUUCAAGUGAGCAGGAGCCAACCUUCUUUGCCAACUACUUCUCAUGAUUCAGGGGCUAGCAAUCCUGUAUCUGAAGACUUGCAAGCACCAAGUAGUUCUGAUUCUGACAAUGAAAGUUCCAUAGAGUAUGAAGAGGUGGUUGUACAGAUAGAUGAGCCUGAAGUUGCCAAUUUAGAAGAACAACCAGGAGGUGUUUCAACAGAGCAAGAAGUUACAUGUAGUGGUGGAAGAGAGACACUCCCCAAGCAGCAGUCUCCCCAGAAGUCCAGUGUUCUCCUGCCUUCAGUUUCUACAGAUGAGGAAGAAGGGGACACUUGCACAAUAUGUUUAGAACAGUGGACUAAUGCUGGGGAUCACCGGCUUUCUGCUUUACGCUGUGGCCACCUCUUUGGGUAUAGUUGCAUUUCUAAGUGGCUCAAAGGACCGACACGAAAAUGUCCUCAGUGCAACAAGAAAGCCAAGCACAGUGACAUUGUUGUCCUUUAUGCCCGAACCCUGAGAGCUUUGGACACUGCUGAACAUGAACGCAUGAAAAGUACCUUAUUACAAGAGCAGAUGCUAAGGAAGCAGGCAGAGUUAGAAACAGCACAGUGCCGGCUCCGACUUCAAGUCCUCACUGAGGAAUGCACUAAGCUUCAUAGUCGUGUCCAGGACUUGCAAAGACUUAUUCUGGAACAUCGGGAUCAGCUCUUACUUAGCUCCAAAGGGCCUUGGCUAAGCGGCUCGCCCUGCAAACAGCCCCAGCACAAGUACUUUUUCCAGAAGACCUUCACAGUGUCUCAGAAUGGAAACUGCCGAAUUAUGACCUACUGUGAUGCUCUGAGCUGUCUGGUGGUAUCACAACCGUCUCCUCAGGCUACCUUUGUUCCAGGCUUUGGUGUUAAGAUGUUCAGUACUGCCAACAUGAAAAGCAGUCAGUAUAUUGCCAUGCAUAGCAAGCAGAUCCGAGGACUGGCUUUUGGCAAUCAGUCCAAAGGCUUACUUCUCUCUGCUUCCCUAGAUAACACUGUUAAACUGACCAGCCUGGAGACAAAUACUGUGGUCCAGACUUAUAAUGCUGGGCGUGCUGUCUGGAGCUGCUGCUGGUGUCUUGAUGAAAACAAUUAUAUCUACGCUGGACUGGUCAACGGUUCAGUUCUGGUAUAUGAUCUUCGAAACACGAGUUGUUAUGUCCAGGAAUUAGUACCUCAAAAAGCCAGAUGCCCUCUGGUGUCCCUGUCAUAUAUACCCAAAGCUGCCUCGGCUGUAUUUCCAUAUGGUGGAGUGCUGGCUGGAACCUUGGAGAAUGCUACCUUCUGGGAGCGAAAAACGGGCUCUUCUCAUCAGCCUCACGUGCUGCCCAUAGAGCCAGGGGGCUGCAUAGACUUUCAGACAGAAAGCAGCACCCGACACUGUCUUGUGACCUACAGGCCUGAUAAAAAUCACAACACUUUACGCAGUGUUCUGAUGGAGAUGUCCUACAAGCUGGAUGACGCUGGAGAGCCAGUCUGCUCUUGCCAUCCUGUACAGACAUUCCUUGGGGGACGCACUUGCAAACUACUGACCAAAAGUGCUCUUUUCCAAAACCCAGAGAAGAGUGGCAGCAUCCUAGUGUGUAUUGGGGAUGAAGCAUCAUAUUCUGCCCUGGUAUGGGAUGCUAGCAGUGGCUCCUUGCUGCAGGGUCUGGCGACUGAUCAGCCUGUCUUGGACAUCUGUCCAUUUGAGGUGAAUCAUAGCAGCCACGUGGCUACCUUAACAGAGAAGAUGGUUCAAAUCUAUAAGUGGGAGUGA